CAGAAGUCAGUGGUCGUGUGAUGGACUCGUUCUUCACUGGUUUCGUUCAUUCUCUCGGAAACUUCUUUGGUUCUCCGCUUGACUUUCUCUCUGGAAAAUCUUGCAGUACGCUCUGUCCAUCACCGUGGGAUGUGUUGUGCUACGUCGAGAAUUUCUGCGUGGCUAGUCUUGCUAAAGCCGCCUUGAUCCUAAUCGUAGCCUACUUGUUUCUGUUCUUCAUCUACAUGUUAUACAAAAUUGGUUUCUGGCAUUGUAUCAUCCACGGUUUCUUCAGAUUCCUCUGGGCUUUAGUCUCCUGUUGGUUCUACAUUCUUAGCAAUUGCUGCACUUUCUUCUGCUAUGAUCUGCUACACACCAAACGCAGAAGAAGACGUAGAAACCGCAGAUAUUCAGAGGAUGGUGAUGAUUAUAGUGACGAAGACAAUGAUGAUGGUGGGUCGUUUAGAUACCAUAGGUCGCGACGAGAAAUGAGAAAAGAAGAGCGUCUUAGAAAGUCUUUGAAACCGAGGAGCCAUCGUGUUAGAGUUGGUGUGAGGAAAGAUCAUCCUUCUUCUGAUUUGGGUUUGAACCAACAUGUUGGUGGUGGUGUUGGUUCGGUUCAUGGUAUUAGAGUGAGCAGAGAGUCUAAAUUCGGACGGAAAGGUUCAAAACGAAGAGCUCGGGUUUACCAUGGUCCUCGCAGAAUCUGAAAUGAACAACUGCCAGUCUCCAAAAAUACAUGUAUUAUUUGUUGUUUGAUAAAAAUAUUGCCGUUGAUCUUUGCUUACAUAAAGUGUAAUGAAAACCAACUACUAUAUCUCUAUUUCUUGUCUGAAUUUCCAUUUUGGUACUCGAAGAAUAGACAACGAUUGGAGUUCUCACGGAGUAAGAUCCAGCCGACCAAAGAUGAAUGGUUUGAUCAAAGAUCCGGCCGACCAAAGAUGAAUAGACAACGAUUGGAGUUCUUUUAACGUUGAGGCUGAUUCUCUGGCAAAGAUGAGCCUGCAAGACCUUGUAAGUCGCAGUAGUGCGAACUAAAACUUUGUUUCGUCAAUUUAAGUAAUGAAUGGUUUGAUCAAAAAAAAGAAGGGUAAUACAAACAAUUUUAGAGUUUGUCGUAGUACAACAUGUGUAGAUGAAUUAUUUUAUUGUUUUAACUUGAGUGUUGCUGAGAGAUUUAUUUGUCGUUGGAUCUGAAGAUGAAUGAUGAUUUCAUGUGUGAGAGUUUAGUAUGUUCUUUCUUAUAAAGCCUUGUAAAAUGUUAAUGGUGUUGUCAAAGUAAAAUCAUGUUAGUGUUGAGGCGACCAAUAGUUGAUCUGUAAUAGUGAAACACAUUUUGGAAAUGAGGUUUACAUAACAAACUUUGUUUGUUUGAUUACGUUGAUAUAAUAGCUUAAAGAAUCGAGGAGAUUAGUUCUUUUAUAACCUUUUAUAAAGUUUAAAUUUGUUAUAGACCAUAAACUCUAAAGUUCAAUUGAAAUUAGAUGAAUUUUUCCUUUUGACAAAUUUAUUGGAUGAAUCUUUACGU